AUGUUUGGCUUCUACACCACAGAUGGAGGACAUUCGUUUAUCCUGUCUGUAGUGUUUUUGGGAGCCCCAGCUCCAGUCAUCUGGUCUGCCAACCCCGAUAAUCCAGUAACCCGCAACGCCAUCUUGAAUUUCACCAGUGAAGGAGACUUGCUCCUACAUGAAGCUGAUGGCGCAAUAAUAUGGACCACAGAUACAAACAGCUUGUCAGUUGCAGGCAUGAGACUGGAUGAUUUAGGAAACCUUGUGCUCUUCGAUCAGAAUAACACCACUGUGUGGCAGUCCUUGGACCACCCAACUGACACUUUGGUCUUGGGGCAAUCACUUUGCAGGGGAAAUAACCUCAGUGCAAAAACCUCAAGCACAAAAUGGCCAGGUUCAAGGGUUUAUCUUUCUGCAGAGUUGGAUGGGUUGCAGUACUCUUUCAAACCAGCAGCCUACACACAGUUAUUCCAAGCUACUACAACAUCAACCAACGCAACACAAACUUGUUAUGCAUUUGUCAAUGGCAGCUUUGGGUUCCCAUAUAAGAUCUUCUCAAUACCGUUAGCAGGAUCAGUGCAGUUGAUGAGGUUAGAGUCCGAUGGGCAUUUGAGGGUUUAUGAGAUGGGGAUAUCUUACCCAGAUGGGUUUGAUGUACUAAGCAAUUUCAUGAACUUUUGCGACUACCCAUUGGCCUGUGGUGACUUUGGUGUUUGCAGUAAUGGACAAUGUUCUUGUCCUAGUUCCAACUAUUUUAGGCUCCAAAAUGAACGGCAUCCAGAUGCUGGGUGCAUACCCUUAGCAAGCAUCUCCUGCGACGAUAUGCAUGACCACAAGCUGAUACCACUCAACAAUGUCUCUUACUUCAGUUACACCACGUUCCAGUCAUUAGCCACUGAGUCAGCUCUGAAGGUGUCUGGCUGCAUUCUUGCAAUCUUGCUUAUUGGAUUGCUCCUGCAGAGUAGUUCUUUUCAGAGUUCGAGUUACGGUGAGGAUGCUGGUUUUCCAUUACAUCAAUUUUUGUUUAUGCUGUCAUAUGGAAAAAUGCAAGAAAGACGAGGAACCCUGUUUGAUGGCAUACCAGGGAUACCAAAGCGUUUCUCCUUUCAUGAGUUGAAGGCCGCUACCAGCAACUUCUCUAUGAAGCUUGGAGCUGGUGGUUUUGGGUCGGUUUUCAAAGGCACAAUAGGCAAGGAAACCAUUGCUGUGAAGCGCUUAGAGGGUGUCAAUCAAGGAAUGGAAGAGUUCUUAGCAGAGGUCAAGACAAUUGGCAGAAUCCAUCAGCUGAACCUAGUCAGGUUGGUAGGAUUCUGUGCUGAGAAAUCACAUAGGCUCCUUGUCUAUGAGUACUUGUCCAAUGGCUCAUUGGAUAAUUGGAUCUUUCACACGAGUUUAGUUUUCACUCUUUCUUGGAAAACCAGACGUAAUGUCAUGUUGGCCAUUGCUAGGGGUUUGUCUUACCUCCAUGAAGAAUGUGAAGAAAAGAUUGCUCAUUUACAUAUCAAGCCACAGAAUAUUCUCCUGGAUAACAAAUUCAAUGCAAAGCUCUCAGAUUUCGGACUCUCGAAAAUGAUCAACAGGGACCAGAGCAAACACCUGAGUGGCUGGGAUCAACAAUCACUGAAAAAAGCAGACAUCUACAGUUUUGGGAUCGUGAUGAUCGAGAAAAUCUGUGGUCGCCAAAACCUGGAUGAAUCCCAGCCAGAGCAGAGCAUCCACUUGAUAAGUCUGCUCCAGGAAAAGGCAAAGUCUGGCCAGCUAUUUGAUUUGGUGGACAGUAGCAGCGAUGACAUGAAAUCCAAUGUCGAGGAGAUCAUGCAAACGAUGAAGCUUGCAUUGUGGUGCUUGCAGGUUGAUAGCAGCAGAAGGCCCUUGAUGUCAACAGUUGCCAAGGUGCUGGAAGGAGCGGUGAGCAUGGAGGCCACACCUGACUGCAUUUUUGUCCCCAGUUUUGCAUCAAUUAAUACUGAUGUGGCAGGAUCAAUUUCCUCCUAUGUAUCAUCUGAGUCGCAAUUAUCAGGGCCUAGGUGA